UUUUCUUAAAGCGACGUCACUUACCUUUAACCUUUCACCCUAAACUUCAGUAGGCAAAAAUGUCUGCCUCCGUUCAAGGCGUUUUGAGGACAGUGUGCCGCAUUUAUCCUUCCAUUUUAUAUCCACUGCGACAAUACCAGAUAUCUUUAAGAACAUGUCCGGCAGCUCUUCGACCAUUUUCACCCCCGAGCCACGCUUUCUGCAAAGCAGCGUCGCUCCAGGCUGAGGAUGCUGCUCAGCCGGCCACGGAUGCUGCUCAGGCGACCUCUCGGUACAAAGACAGACCGUGGGAUUAUCUGGAGAGUGAAGAAUACAUCGAGAGGUAUGGGACCAAGACUGUGUGGGCUGACUAUAAAAGGAACCACAAAGGACCCAUUCCACCACAAAAGACUCGCAAGACCUGCAUAAGAAAAAACAAGUUAUGUGGAAACCCCUGUCCAAUAUGUCGGGAUCAAAAUGUGAUUAUUCAUCCUCAGAAUGUGAAACUGUUGGAGCAGUUCAUCAGCCCUUACACUGGAAUGGUGCAUGAUCCCACUAAAACUGGUGUGUGUAUGAAACAGCAGAAGAAGCUGAAUGCAACAAUCAACAUAGCACGAGAUCAUGGCUUCCUUCCCUUUCAGAUUCCCCAUGUGGACUAUUCAGGUGAAGAUUACUCCAAUUCCCAUGACGCUGUGGGUGUAACACCUCCUGCCCCUUGUUUAACAUCCGGCGAAGACUGGUAUAGAUGGUAUGGUAAAAUAAUUCCGGACAAAAAUGAAGUGGCGAAAGUGAGGAAGACCUAUAAGGACUAUCUAAAGCCAGGCAUGUGAUCAUUGCAACAUUAAAUGAGUACUGGCACAGUUAAAAUAUUUAGUACCUGGUUCUAUUAUAGUGUUUCAUGAACAUAAAGAUUGCAAAAUAAAACACAAGGUGGAAAAAUGA